UUGAGAGAAAAAGAGAGUCAAUGCUAAAGUCUCGUAUCAUAUUAUCCAUGCCAUGGUUGCAGCGAUUUCUUAGUUCAUAGAAUAUAAAGGCAUUCUCAUUAAUAAUUAUUCCGAAUUAUAUUGCACAUAAAAUGGCUACUGCCGCAAAUAACGACGGCUAUGAAGUUCUGAUUGAAUUACAAGCAAGUGUCCUCACUAAUGAAAAUAGUGCAGCACCAUUUUAUUUGAGUCGACCAAAAAAACAGAAGUUGUACGCUUAUCAACGUUUUGAAGCAAAUUCCAAUGAUGUCCGUUUACCAUAUUUCAUCGAACCACGCUCCUAUCCAAUAGAUUUGAAUAAGGGAUUUGAGAAAUUCAUUUUUCGCCAACAAGCUGACUUUUCAAAAAUGUUGGAGACUACGCAAAAAUUUAUAGUGGACUUAGAAGAAAAUGUUCUACAACCGUAUGGGUCAGAAAAUCCAGAAACACAUCAAUCAUUAAAAACAGAGGACGACGAAUCAUCUCAACCACGACAAAAUUCAAAACGUAAAUUAGUUCUUAGUAGCCGUGGAUGUUUAAGCAACAUCAUGAUUAUACCAUAUCGUUUGGAGGCAUCGAAAUAUAACGACAAAACAAUUUUUGCAACUCGUUAUUGUGGCGUUCUUCAUACCUCUAACUACAGAUAUGACCAUGACAAUUCCAAAAAUAAUACAUAUCAUAGUAAAUUUCAACAAACUUGCUUUUCGGAUGGUCCUGAUCGGGUACCCGAUACCGAUCAACCUGUAAACGAGAAUGAGUUCAUUCGUGGAAUCUUCCAGACCACCCUCAAAGAAUUUGAUCUAAUUUACUCUGGAGAACUGUCGGGGAUAGUCUCAUAUGAGCAGAUUGACGAUAUGCAAAAUUUGGAAAAUAUUAACGAAUUGCAGUUUAUCAGUACAAAACUACUUUGGAAUUCAGGACACUCGAAGAUUUGGAAGAAUCCAAAAUGUUUGAACUGGUGGGCUACAUUAUAUUUGGCAAACAUUUCACAUUUAUGUGUAGGUUUGAAGGAUAGGGAUGGGUUCAUACGUACCCCUGUACAGAGGAAGGCGCUAAAAGAUCUACCAAAAGAUCAAUUUUGGAAACCGCAAAUUUGCGUUAGAUUCCUGCUGACCAUGCUAAAAUUGAUUGAAGAAACCAUGGCUUCUGUUAAUUGUCCAUACACAGUUUAUGAAUUUGUAUAUGACUCAUUCGCAAAGUGUAUUAAAUUGAAAAAGCACAUUGGUAAAACGGAAUAUUCUUUCUUAAGCGAGGAGUACAUAGACCGUUGCAGAAAACAAACAUCUAUGUCAUAUUAAUCAACCUAAAAGUACCUGAACAUGUUAUGUUAUAUUAAAAGUGACAUCAAAUGUUAACUAAAUUUAAUAAAAAUGUGCUUUAA